CUCAAUGCAUUUCGCGUCCAUUUAUCUCACCGAAACAAUAUUAUAUCCAUGGCUCGUAAAAUUUUAUUUUGUGAAAUCUAUGGAAAUGAUGAAAAAAAAAAUAUUUUUAUUAAAUCAGAACAACACUUAGCAUUGGAAAAAAACAAUGCGAUCAUCACUAAUGAGACCCACCUGUUCAAUUUAAAGUCAUUCUUGAAAAAAGUAUUCUUACCACAAGGAUUUCCUGAUAGCGUACACCCUGAUUACAUUCCUUAUCAAAUAUGGGAUACCAUUCAGGCAUUCGCCAGUACGGUUUUGGGUGCUUUAACUACUCAUUCAGUUCUUCAAAGCGUAGGGGUAGGAGAAUCAACAGCAACUGCUUCUGCUGCAGCUAUUUCUUGGAUUCUUAAAGAUGGAACCGGGAUGAUUGGACGGAUUAUAUUUACUUGGUGGAAAAGUAUUGAAUUAGACGCUCAAUGUAAAAAAUGGAGACUCACUGCUGAUAUUUUGAAUGAUUUAGCAAUGGGGAUUGAGCUUACACUACCUAGUAUGCAUUCGUCGUCUGUUACAAUGUUACUAUGUCUUUCUACUGCAAUGAAGUCAAUUGUUGGAGUUGCUGGUGGAGCAACCAGAGCAGCUUUAACACAACACCAAGCCUUAAAAGGUAAUGUAGGUGAUGUUUCAGCCAAAGAUGGAAGUCAAGAAACAUUCAUUAAUCUUAUUGGAUCUUUUGUUGGUAUUUUUUUAAUCUCAUACAUUCCAAACGCAUUUUUAAUUGAAAUGUACCUAAUUUUGGUAACUAUUCAUAUCUAUGCGAAUUAUUCUGCUGUUAAAGUACUGACGUUUAAUUCUUUAAAUGAAGACAGAUUAAUUUUGUUGUUUCAUAAUUACAUUAAUGAUGGUAUUAUUUAUGAUACAAAAUUAAUCAAUCAACAAGAAUCUUUACUACCCUUUCAUAAUUCACCUAAACAAUACAGUGGUUUCUCAAUCAAAUUAGGAAUUUCUUUAUCUGAAAUAAUAAAAAAUCCAAGGAUUAACAAUAUUGAAUAUUUGACAAAAUUAAUGAAUCAUUUUCGCAAAAAAUCAUUCUUAAUUAUACCAGAUGUAAAAAAGGAAAUAAUUUAUGUCAUUCUAAGGAAAAAUGUUCUCUCUGUCAAUAUCUUGGAGGCUUACUUCAAUGCAUAUAUUUAUGCAAAAUUCAUUAAUUUACAAUUGAACAGAAAGGAAAACGUAAUCGAUGCAAUAAAAUCGCAGGGUAGAAGUUUUUUAAAUAAACUGUAUACUUUAUCUGAAUCUAAUGUAUUUAAUGGUGAUAGAAGACAAUUUACUUUGGAACCAUCAAUUUCAUUGGAUUCUAUUAUUGAUGACGAAUUUAAACACUGGUAUAAAUUACUUCAAAAAAAUGAAUGGCUAGAUGAUUCAAAUCUUUUACCCGUAAACAAUUGGAGAGGAGAAUGGGAUACU